AAGUUUUCCCAACUUUCAUCAUACAACACACAUUUUCAUAAGUGCAUUUAAAAUCUUUCUCAUCCCUCAUUUCCUUUGAUCUCUCCCAAACUUUCCUAUCAAAACCCCCCCAAGAAACAUGAGAAGCUUGAGUUUCGUGGUUGGAGUAAUAGGCAACAUCAUUUCGGUGCUGAUGUUUCUCUCCCCAGUGCCAACCUUUUGGAGAAUAGUGAAGCAAAGGUCGACGGAGGACUUCUCCAGCAUUCCUUACGUAUGCACAUUGCUCAACUCUUCACUAUGGACUUACUAUGGCAUCAUUAAGCCCGGGAGCUACCUCGUCUCGACCGUCAACGGUUUCGGCAUCAUCGCAGAGAUCAUCUACAUUGCUAUCUUCCUCAUAUUUGCUCCCCUCAAGAUUAAGCUCAAAACAGCAGCUCUAGUGGGGACAUUAGAUGUGGGCUUCCUGGGAGUUGCCAUGGCAGUCACGUUCUGGAUAAUGCACGGAGACGCCCGGAUCGACGUGGUCGGGUUCUUGGCUUCUGGCCUAAACAUCAUCAUGUACGGUUCUCCUCUAUCAGCAAUGAAAACGGUGGUGACGACUAAGAGCGUAGAGUACAUGCCGUUCUUCCUCUCGUUCUUCUUCUUCUUGAACGGCGGAGUUUGGACCUUAUACGCUACACUCGUUCGUGAUUUAUUCCUUGGGGUACCAAACGGGAUAGGAUUUCUACUCGGAGUAGCUCAGUUGGUGCUCUAUGCCAUAUACAGAAAAACUGACCAGCAAAACAAAAAUGACCCUACUACUUUGCUGGAAGAUGGCUGGGAGAACCAGAGACUCAUCGACUCGCCCUCGAAUAAUAUCGACAGCCAUCGCAGGGAACAAAAUGAUAAUUAACUUUUUUUGUGAAGCUCAAAUAUUUGCUUUGCCUAAAAUGCAUUAUAAUUCCAACAUAUAAAGUUACAUCGAGUCGAGAGGUCCAGGAUUAUCUCCAUUAUUUUGCCCGUAUGGUUCUUGGACAUAUAUUUUUUGGGAUGGUGUGUAUAUGUACCGAAAGAAGCAAAUUGAUUUCUUUGUAGAGAGAGGAGUUUCAACGAGUAGUGAAAUACCCUUAAUAUGAAGGUAAGAGGUUUUCAAUUCGAUUUUCA